UCCGCACUUCACAUCCCCCCCUAAUCUUUCCGCACCAACUUGCCCCAUUGCCCGUCUCCAUUAUUUUGCUGGAGAUAAGCAAGUUAAGCUUUAUUAUGUCUGCACGAUGUUGCGUGACAUUCGCCUCCCGAUCUGGCCAUGAGCCCCGAUCCCCGUCCGGUGAUAUCCCGGCAAGCCCCCUCUAAACCGCCCUAGAAGUUUGGGUGGUUGCUCUUUUGGUGCGAAAAGGACGAUAGCCACCUCGUGCGUGAAGGCACACAAAGAUAGGUGGGGCGGUCUUAUCAUAGGCUCAUUUCGACAUGGUGCUGGGUUGGUUGGUAUCUACUGAAGCUCGUAGUGCGGGACUCAGAUCAUUUCUGCUAUGGUCCUGGCCUUCUUUGUAGGGACUGCGACGUUCCUUCUGCCUAUGCCUUUUAACGUGUGCAUAACCAGUCUUUCUGCUCCUGCAUCUGACGGAGUCUUUGCUUGAAUGCGAAGCUAGCCAAACCGUCGCCAAGGUCACACACACUAUCGGAAGCCUCAGCUCUUCCUGCGCUACGGCACAUACGCGUCCUUUCCAAGGUUCUACUGCCAAGCAGUCGGGCGCGCCAGGGACAAGGUGCAAGACGAAGAGAAAUCCAUAGCUGAGCCCAAGAUCGUCGCCGGAGCUAGCGAUAAAUCCUCGGCCAGUGUCGAAGACGAGGUGCCUCCGUAUUUGCGAAAUGCCAGCAACACUGGUAUUCUGGCAAAGCUGCGCGGCUGGGAGGAGGCGUUGGACCGGAAGAUCGGCGUCGAGACCCAUGGCAUAUCACGGCGGCGCCCCGAGGAUAGGGAUCCUGCGUUUGCCUCAUGGAGUAACCAGGCUGUGAUGUUCUUGAUGUGGAUGUCUGCAACAAUGAACCUGAGCUGCUUCGCGACGGGGUUUCUUGGGUGGGAGUUAGGCCUCGACUUGUCCAGGACUAUUGCAAUCACAAUAUUCAGCACCCUGCUUGGCAGUGCGGUAACUGGAUGGUGCGCGACAAUGGGACCGGGAACCGGCCUCCGGCAGGUCUCGAUCUCGAGGUACUCGAUGGGAUGGUGGCCGAGCAAGCUCAUAGCGGCGCUCAACGUUGUCGAGCAGAUCGGUUGGUCGUCGGUGGGCUGCAUCACGGGCGGACAAGCCCUGGCUGCCGUGUCGGACGGACGACUGGGCUCGGAGCUGGGCGUUAUCAUCGCGGCCGUGGGUGCCUUUGUCGUGUCCUUUGUCGGCCUCAAGGCCGUAUUCACCUAUGAGAAGUUCGCCGGGCUAGUGCUCGCCGUGGUCUUCCUCAUCAUGUAUGGAUUUGCAGGUCCGUCUGCAGACCUCGCUACACCUACUGCCCUGACGGGCCCGACUCUCUCCGGGACUGCCCUGACGCUCUUCGCCGUGCUGUACGGCUCUUCCGCGUCGUGGUGCUCCAUCGUCAGCGAUUACUACGUCGAGUACCCGGUCGACACGAGCAAGUGGAAGGUCUUCCUCCUCACCACGCUGGGAAACAGCAUACCGACAUGCCUGGGCAUGAUCCUCGGCUGCAUCUGCGGCUCGGCCCUGAACAACAAGACCGACUGGCUCGAGAGCUACGACUCGGGUAUCGGGUACCUGAUCCAGACGAUGGUCCGCCCGGUCGGCUUCGCCAAGUUCCUCCUCGUCAUCCUCGCCUUCUCGGGCAUCGCCAUGACCGCCAUCGCGAUGUACUCGGCGGGACUGUCGGUACAGCAGUUCGCGCGGCCCCUGGGCGUCGUGCCCCGCUUCAUCUGGACCUCCAUCAUGUUCGUCGCCAUCAUCCUGCUGGCGCUGGUCGGCCGCGACCAGCUGCUCGUCUUCCUGCAGAACUUCCUCUCGCUGCUCGGCUACUGGAACACCAGCUUCUUUGUCAUCCUGGCCGGGGAGCACUACCUGUACCGCGGCGGGCUGCGCCGUGGGUUCAAGGGGUACGACCUCGACGGCUGGAAUAACCCGAGCGUCCUCCCCUUUGGCUGGGCCGGUGGUCUUGCGUUUGCCGCGGGUGUCGCGGGCGCCGUGGUCGGCAUGAGCGAGACGUUCUAUGUGGGCGUGCUGGCGGCCAAGAUUGGGGAGUCGAGUGGGGAUAUCGGAAACCAGCUGUCCUUUUUGUUCACGCUCGCUAUGUACGUGCCCGCGCGUUGGGCGGAGAGGAAGUUCACUGGGAGGUAG